AUGAUGGCGGGAAAAGAGCAGCAGCUAGAACUUCAACUGGUUGAUGAUGGCAAUAAACUCCUCAACCCACCAUUCUCCCUUGAUGAACUCCUCUCUAUUCUUGAUAGAGUUGAGGUUAUGUUAUUAAGGGUGAAGCAAUCAUCCUACAGAUCAGUAGCUGCUGCACUUUCACCUUUGAGGAAGGCAUUGAUUAUGAGAAUAACAGCUCCUAGUUCUCCUUAUAAUGAUGAACUGAUGAAGGAAAUAUUUCAUCAAAUUGUAGCUGUCUUUCAGAAGCUUUCUCAUAUGUCAAGUAGGUGUUAUCCAAAGGUAGUAUCACUCCUUGUCACCAUUGCAACAACACAGGCAGUUGUUGUGCUGCUGGAUAUUGAGUGUCAUGCUUUGGUCAUUGAGACGUUCCAAAUUUUUCUGAAGGUAAUUACCCCAACAAGGUCAAGCGAGUUAGAUGUUAUAUUCACUGCUGUGGUGGCAAUAAUGUCCGUUGUCGUGUUAGAAAGUGAUGAAGUUCCAAUGGAUUUUCUCUUUCCUCUUUUAGUUUGUGUCAGAAAGGAUAACAAGAAUGUUUCGCCAACUUCAUGGAUGUUGGGGAAAGAAGUCAUGAAAAACUGUGCUGCAAAGAUCGAACCCUAUCUUUUGAAAGCUGUGUGCUGCUCAGGCACUUCCGUGGACAAUUAUGACCUGGUUGUUGGUUCGAUUUGCCAAAAUGCAACACAUUAUUUCAAGUCUGUUCAUGCUCAUGGUUCUGAAGAACAUAUGGUUAGUUUCUUUGGACCUUUUAUAUUUCCCUACAGAUAUAGUGAGUGA